GCAUUUCAGUGCUAUGUAGAAGAUCUACCCCAAACUACCCGUGUUGAAAGCGCUAUCAAGAUCACCUGACAGAGAAACCCACAAAAACGAUUCCUGUCUGUGUGAAAUUGAAUACUGUGGUAUUUCUAUUUGAUUCCUUCCUCGAACGAUUUUCAUAUUUCAGAGGUCAUAUUAGAUUUAACGAUAACGUGGUUUAUUUUUUUAGAUAUCUUCUGAGCUCUUCCCACAUAUUUGGCUUUCUUUACUGUUUGCUUCAAUCUAUACUUGUAAUUAAAGUGCUCAUGUCCUCGAUUCAAAUUUGAUAAAGAACCUAGAGCUAGGUUCGCCAGUCACGCAAGCCGCAAGAGUUUGCGUUUUUGACCCAUGCUCUCGUCCUGUGCAUCAACUACAACAAGGGUAGACAUUGACAUAACAAGCACUUAUUUCUCAGAUUCAAAUUCAUGCUGAUUCCUUCUUGCGUAUGCAUGACCAUGACCUCCUUGAGUUGUUCAUCACCUGAUUGUUGUAAGUACUUUGAGAUUGUUCAUUCAAUUUUAGGUUUCUCGCAUCAAUGUGCAAGCAUAGGGAUGCAAGAUUUGGUAUAUUUGAAGUUGUUGAUGUUGAAACAACACAAGUGACCAUUUACUCGGUCUAUGUGUUGCCAGCAUGAGCGAGAAUAACCCUAGCUGUGCUCAAAAAAUAUUGUGGUCGUGAAUUCGUUAUUGUUGUGUGUAUGAUGCAUCGAUGUUUCUUUCCAGCCUUGAUAAAGAUUUCUUGUACAGCCUUAGUAGUUCAAGUACUAGUUGGAUUCAAUCAAUGAAAGAUGGUUGGACGCAUGUUCAGCCCUCACACUACGAGCACGAGUGGCCGAUACAUUCUUUUCGUUUUCCCACCUUCAUGAUAGUGAAUGUUUGAUUGUUUUUGCUAAUGUCAAAAAGUCGUACCUAGACCUCGACCUAGUCCACCAUCGUAGAAUUGAAUUCGAUGUUGGAUUUGGAUUUCUUGUUUAUCUUUCAUCUUCGUAGAUGCAAGUUCUUCAAUGCAUAGUGAUGCAUUUUCUUUUUUUAUUGGCAAUAAAAUAGGACGAGUGCUUGUGUAAAAAAGAACAAACUCAAUCUGAAUUUUUAUUCUUUUUUGUGAGUCUGAACAGCACUAGGACUGCGACUGCUGGCUCUAGCUUUAGCGCGGCUUGACUCCAUUAUCCUUGCUUUUUUUGAUUUUGGGUCAGACAGCUACAACUUGUGCUCUGUCCUUUUUUGAAAUUAGAAGUGCUAUACAUAGAGAUACACUAGGUAAUAUAUAUUGAUUACCAGAAGUUUAGUGGUGCCCGUGUUCUUUGAUCGUUUUCAUUUCCGACAUCUUUAUAGAACCUUUUGUCUAAAAUCUGGUCAUUAUCAAUGCGAAAAUGACGAUCAGUCACCUGCAAACAGUGAAAUUUGUGGUGGCGGGGCACCCCAAAAUCACCGACCACCACCGCACAAUAGCCGUCGACUUUCAGACGACAACAGGAAAAGAGCUUGUCGAUGCGGUACUACUCUACGAUGAUUUAUUGCGCGUUUCUAUUCCGAUUCCCUCCUCGAGUCGUACUUCAGUUCGAAAGAUAGAUAUUUGACAAGUUUACUUAAUGUUAUUGAAGAUCCAUCGUUUAGGAUAAACUUUCCCGUGUUUCACGUUGUUCGUGACACUACCUCUACCAACAGGUGUUUCCCGAGGAGCUCGCGGAAGGAUGGAGAAUACGGCUAUUUGCAAGUGGGCGGGCAGUUGGUGAAAAGCAGACUCUGACAGAAGCAAGAAUGGAGCCUGAGUCAUUCUUGCAUGCAUUCUUUUCAUUCCCGCCACCAGAAAAGGAUGAAGAUGAGAAGAAGGUAUGUUGUCCUUUUCUUUACGUGAUUCUAAUUUACUAGUAGGUGUAGGCACGGCUGCUUUUUUUCAUUUUGAUUCUUGAUUCUGAUACGUUGAAGAUGAUAGACUAUGGCAUAGUGCAGAAAUGUACUGUUGUCGUCGAUUUGACAGAUGAUCCAACUCCUUCUCGACGCUCUUACUCAUCAGGUUUCCCAAGACAAGAAGACCCUGAAGCCACCAGCUGACGAACAGGGAAGAUCGCAGCAACAGACAAAUGCGUCCGCAGCGGCCACACCAACAGCCGCAGCCGCAGGAGUAUCUGUGGCGACAGCAGGGCGACAAACGGGUCUGAGCAGACUGUGCUGCUGUGGCAUCUUCUUUUCCUCAACAGGCGGAGCUACAUAG